AUGGUGCAUCAAGAUGAGCCAGUAGAUGACGAGUAUGCAGGGCAGCUCGAGGUGAUGUUUGAACUUAGGAGGGGGUAUGCCAGUUUGGGUGAGGCAUUGGUCUAUGCGCCCCCGCAACGUCAAUUUGCAAUUAAUCUCUAUGGCCAAGUGGCCAUCCUACAAGCAAUUGAUCGGCUGUCUCGCAAGGGUCCCAUUGGUCCCCAACCCCCAGCACCCUCGGCUGUCAUUCCAACUGCCCUUCCGUCCCGGGCUCAUCACUACUCCACAGUGUUCAAGGAUUUUGUCAAACGGGCCGCCCGCGAACUCCUAUUCAGCAAGAACCUGAAGGUGUACGGUUCCGACGUUCCCCGAGGUUCACCCGCCAAUGUCAAGAGUGUGUUGACACUUGUAUUGGAUCACAUCAACAUACAACCUGCUCCAUUCCAAGAGACCUACCUUCCACCUGGGUACGUCGACGGCGACCCUGCGGCCUUGAGGAGUGUUGAAAAACUAGUCAGAGGGAAACUGAGAAACAGCCGAGGGAAGAUGUGCAACUUGCUCUUGACCAAAAUUAUAACUGCACCGGAGGGUGAUGUUAGCCCACCCGUUCCGACCAUCUCAAGGUUACUGGUGGCGAUGAAGGCAAGUUUCCUCCCGGCACCCGCAAAUAGUAACGACCGUGAUAAUCGGCCCGAGGACCAAAGAUCAAGAGGUUCAAGGAAUCAGUCUCACCUGAAGGUGAGGUUAGCAUACCUGCAAUUCCAGACAAUCAUCCAACUGUAUGGAAGAGGUGUGGGAGACGCGGGCCGCCAAUGGAAGAGGAUUGAUUCACACUUGCAAGAGCUUGAAUUGAAGGGCAGGGAAUAUUGCUCCGCUUUCUACCUUUUGAUUUUGAGAAUGGAUCGUUCAAUUUUUGGGGGUGAGCUCUUUGCCACCAUGGAACCAGCUACAAUCCAACUGCCUACGGAGGAAGAAAUCCAGGAACAAAUGACUCUGACAGCCGCAAACAACAAAGGCACCAUCAAGGAAACUUUGAAUGAUGUGUAA